CGGAGAUCGUGAGCGCACUGUGGUGUUGAAUCGCAACUCGCCAAGAAGAUAACCCCGCUUUAAGUCCGCCCGCUCCAUCUUCUGGAGGUUCGUCCAGCUUUCCCACACCCAAAUUACCACAGCUAUUGCCCAACAUGGUCGCCACCCUCGAGAAAGGCAUCGGAGAGCUAGGCUUGCUAAACGGCGAGGCGUCCACUUCCCCCAUCUCCGUCUCGUUUCCCUUACCUCGCGCUCCGCAAACAAACAUUCACGUACAACUCCACGAUAACGGCCCAAAUAUCCUACUCUUUCUUGCUACUUCCACACCCGAAUCUUCUAACGCCGCGCCGCUCGGUAGCUUCGUCUACGCAAUGCCCAACAGAAACAAUCCUUCCGAUCCUCUGAGCACGCCGCUAUUCACACCUCCGACCACGCUGGACUUCACAACACGAAUCGCGAAAAUUUUGACGAGGAAACUGAAGAAGCCGGUAUAUGUUGGAAACUCGAUAAGCUUCGCCAGUGCGGGCAUGGGAGGAACGGUCGAGGAAGAAAUGGAGGGUUUCAAGAGAGUGGUUGAGGUUGUUGUAGGGCUGGUGAAUACAGAAAAGGGCGCGGAGUCGUAAAUGUCGAAGAGAGCACGCAUCGCCAUUACGAGAUAAGACUCAAGACGCUGUUAGCCAGGUGCCGAAGGGCCAUUGGGAAAUUAGAGACCGAUAUGUGAUGCAAGAACAUGAACUAUGGGUUAGUCGCUGGUUUAUGGCUAUGGAAUGCAUACCUAGCCAGGGGGCCCUCUCUACUUCGGCGACCCGGGACGAGAUAUUCUCGAGAAGGGUGAAAGACUCGGAUAAUUUUAAGGUUGGCUCGAGUUGUCACAAGUCGGCUACAUUGCAAGAGUUCAAGUGGGUGCCAUUGCUACGAACGGCCGAAGAUACUUUUCUCAAAGCCCACGCUUCACAUAUUGUUCAAGCGCUCCUUCGCACUCUCC